AUGGGGGUCGACAAAGAAGGCUCAAGAAGUGGAGGUUAUGUCGGGGGAUUCUUUCAGCUGUUUGAUUGGAAGGGGAAAUCCCGGAAGAAAUUGUUCACAGGCAAGUCAGAUUAUCCAGAGCAUUCAAAGCAAGGGAAGAUACACGAAGGAAGCCUGCCAAUGACGCAGCUCAGUUUGGUAGAUGAGGAAGAGGCUGGAGUUGGGGCUAGGGUCAAGGUUGGUAGUGAUUACAGUUGCUCUUCGUCUGUGACAGAUGAUGAUGGGUAUGGAGCUAGAGCACCAGGGGUUGUAGCUAGACUUAUGGGAUUGGAUUCGUUGCCCAUGUCUGAGCAGCCCUUCUCCAGUCCAUUUUCCGACACAAGAUCUCUUCAAGAAUCCCACCUGUGGAAGAAAAAUAAUGGUGUCUAUCAUGAGCAUGAUUAUAUGUAUUCUGGUUACUUGCUGCAUAAGGUGGAGGGUCCUGCUAGAAAAUUUCCAGAGCCAAAGCCUCAGAGAACUCCAAGCAAGCCUAUCGAGAAGUUUCAGACAGAGAUCUUACCGCCUAGAUCAGCUAAGUCGAUACCCAUCACCCACCAUAAACUUCUAUCUCCCAUAAAGAGUCCUGCUUUCAUCCCAUCUAAGAAUGCGGCUCAUAUAAUGGAAGCAGCUGCUCGGAUAAUUGAACCUAGCCCACAAGUAAUGCCUCCUAGGGCUAAAAUGACUCAUCUCGGAUCUUCCUCGGUGCAGUUGAAACUCCGUGAUCUUAGGGAAAAAGUUGAGUCUUCCCAAAAGAUGGGCCCUGGUGGAUCCUCUUCAGUCUCUUUGAGGGGUAGAGAUAUGAAAGAAAAAGUAGAGGACGCUACUAGUAAACCAUCAAGGCUCACCGAAUCUACUAGAAGACAAGGGGAGUCGGAUGCUGUAAGAAGCCUCAAGGGACAAUCCUUGAACAAGAGCUGGAAUGGUCCACUGGAAACAACAUCUCAGAAAGCAUCUAACAGCGAGGAUGGGUGUGGAGUCAAAACAAAAGGGAGGUCCAUUUCUCUUGCUGUCCAAGCAAAAGUAAAUGUUCAAAGAAGAGAGGGACUGACUUCAACUUCAAGUACUGCCCAGAUCACAGAUGACAGAAAGGAAUGGAUGGCAUCAAACUCAACUCAGCUAUUUAGGAGUCAACCCGGUACUCCAAAGAACGGGAAUAAGAAGUCUUCGAAUGGAGUGCUCCGGCAGAACAAUCAGAAGCAGAACUGUGUGUCUGGCAAAGACAGAGCAUCUUCAAAAUCAUCGGUUUCUAGUUUGCAGGGCAGAAAACAUCUGUCAAGUGAACCUUCUUCUUCUGGGAGAACCAAAACCUCAAGCAGGACAGCUGGUAACUCUAAAACUGGUUCAAGGAAGUUUGGUGUGGAUGCUACAGACAGUGAAAAAGGAAACUCUCACUCGGAUACUAAGAAUUACCCUAGAAAGAAACGGUUGAUCGAUGGUGGAUUUCGGUACGAGAGAAACCAUCAGGCCAAAUUACAGGCGAGAUGA